AUGUUUACAGAAACUUGGCAUAAAUCAUCAGAUAAUAUUUGCCUUAGUUUGGCAAAACCACGUGAUUUUAGUUUUUUGGAGCAAGUUAGGCUAAAUGAUCCUGGGCAUGGUGUAACGUAUUUCAGAAACCACUUUAAAUGUGUAAAAAUUCCAUUGCCAGUGAUAAUUACAUUUGAAGCGAUAUGUUUUAAAUUGACGUUACGGAAAACUUUAGUAAUUUUUUUGGUGAUUUAUAGGCCAGGUUCUGCUCCUCCUGCUAAAUUAUUUUUUGAAGAAUUAAUUUUAGUUUUAGAACAAAUCACUCUUUUAUGUUGCAGUAUUGUAGUUGCAGGUAACUUCAACAUACACGUAGAAACUUCGUCAGAUAUAUAUGCAACAGCUCUUGCUGAUAUUUUUUCUAGUUUUGAUCUUGUCAAUAGAAUUAAUCAGCCUACCCAUGUGCUUGGUGGUACCCUGGAUUUGAUUGUCACAUCGGAUGGUUUUUUGUUAGAAGAUAUAUUGGUGUACCCAUCUGGUAUCUAUUCAGAUCAUGGUUUAGUAACUGGUCAAUUUUUAAUCAAUCCGACUCCAGUCAUUUUCAAGAAAUCGUGGAUCAGAUCCUGGAAACGAGUGGAUAAAAAACGUCUGACUGAGCUUUUGAGGUGCUCACCUAUCUCGAAACAUUAUGGAAAAGAGAUAAGUGUUGAAAAUGAAGUUGGUUCAAUGCAUAACGCCGAUGAUUUUAAAAAAUUUUUUGCUGACAAGUUGAAAGUGACCAAAAAGAAUUUCAGCGCAAUUCCACCAUGCGUAUAUACGGACGUCUUGAAAACUCCUUACAAGACACACAGCACCUCAUUUGAUAACGAAAAACCUCUCGGUAGCAAAGUUUGUCCUUGUUCCAAUCUCCAGUGCUCACCAGCAACUCCAACAUUUCCUACUAGUACUUCUUUUUCUAAUAAACAUGAUUCCCUUCCAAGUUUGAAUGUUGUGAGCAGCUCAGCGCCAAGUAGUGAUGUGAGCCAAACACAAACACUUGUUCCUCCAUCAUCUCCUUCUUUCUCUAGAGAACUUGGUGUGGGACUUAGCGUUGGUCUGAGUCUUCUCGUCAUUGUUCUUGUUGCAGUUGCUCUUUUGUUCUACUUGAAGCGCAUCAGGCCUUUGAAAAAGAGCAAAGAAAAUCACAUCUCGCAUGUUUACGUCGGUGAAACUGAGUCUAAAGUCUGA